AUGUUGACUCUUUAUCUAGCAGUUGGCUUUGUGAUAACCCUUUUCCUCGUUAACCUAAGUCGCUCGCCCAUCACAAAGCUUCCAGGGCCAUGGUAUACCACGGUCACUAGCUUGGUUCUAAAGUACCAAGAGUUCACUUCGAAUAGACGCCUCUACAUCCAUGGCCUUCACUUGAAAUACGGGCCUACCGUUCGCAUAGCACCCAAUGAGGUUUCGUUCGCCAACCUGGAGGCGAUGAGGGAGAUCUACGCGUCUGGUGGGAGCGGAUACGAUAAAACAGAGUUGUAUGACCUGUUUCGGCAGUUCGGAAUCAAGACCAUGUUCUCAACUCUUGAAAAGCACAGUCAUAGCCAACGUAAACGUGAGCUCGCAGAUCGGUACGCCAUGACCAACAUCUUGCGUGAGGAGCACGUAGCCGCUAUUACGGACCGAGCGAAGGCUUUCGUCUCCAGAUGCGCUGCCUCGUUUCAAAGCGUGGAUGUUUACGUGUGGCUACACUGCUACGCCCUAGAUGGUGUGACAAACUUCAUGUUCAGCCCAGGUGGCUUGCAGUCGCUCGACUCAGAGAACGACUUCGAAAUAAUGGAGGAGCUUACUUACCAUCAGAGCCUGCAGAAAAAUCUCCUGCACUAUUACCUUCCCACUUUAGCUCCCUACUUCCCAUCUGGGUUGGUCCCGCGUCGUGCACCUAUAACCAACGAGUACGUCCUGAAAAUGGCUGCCCAACAACAGCCUUCCCAGCAUAGCCUUGUAGCCAAACUCGCCCGGAAAGACUCUCCACUCAAUCACGCACAGAUCUCAGCAGAGUGCAAGGACCACAUGGCCGCGGGGAUCGAUACAACAGGUGACGGGCUGUGUUUUCUGAUGUGGGAGCUUUCCCAACCGCAAAAUUUCUCCUUUCAAGAGCGACUAUUUGAGGAAUUACGGACCACAGAUCCAAAUUUACCGCUGGAUAAGUUGCCAUACCUUGACGCAGUCGUCAAGGAGGGUUUACGCUGUGCACCGCCAAUCCCAAUGUCUUUCCCGCGGUACGUGCCCAUCGGAGGACGGACGAUAAAUGGGUAUUUCGUCCCCGAGAAGACAAUUGUGAGCUGUCAACCAUACACGGUGCACAGACUCGACGAGGACGUUUUCCCCGAGCCCGACAAAUUUAAUCCAGACCGGUGGAUGGGUGAGAAGGGCGCAGCUGAACGGAACCGGCUGUUUUUUGCUUUUUCAACCGGUGGCAGGGGUUGUACGGGGCGGAACCUGGCGACAGUGGAAAUGAAGGUACUUCUUCGCGAGGUGUACUCCCGGUUUCGUACUACGGUGGCGGAUGAUAUGGAUGGGUGUAUGGAUAUUGACGACCAAAUUAUUUCAGCCCGGCCGCUGAGCCAAACUUGUAAGCUGAGGUUUGAUGAGAGGUAG